AACCCCGACCACACGACAGUACCAAUACACGAAGCAGGCACCGUCCCGCACGGGACGGGCCACUAUUAAGCUUUCCACUAUGGCUUCAGUCUCGGGCACCGCGAGGCCGUACAUACAGAGAGCAAACACCACCCAGACCAUCAACAAUGGCCAUGCUCCCCCGGUAAAUCACGGCCACCGUGCGUCGCUCUCCUCCUUCCCAUCUUCGCGAUCCCCCUCGGCAAUGUCGCACCACUCGCGACCCUCGAGGUCACCGCAACCCCCCUUACAGGCCGAUCUCGAUCGAAACUCGAACCCGAGUUCGAAGUCGAACAAGACAUCGUCCAUCAGCAGCAGGACGGCAUCAUCCUCUCAGCACUCGUCCCUGGCGCCAGUGCCGAAGAGGGUCAAUCCCGAUGCCAACCCUCCGCGGCGAGUGAGGUCGCAGUACCCAAGAGGCUCGGCGGAUAAUCAUGUGGAAUACAUCCUCGUCGCCUCGUUCGACAUUGACCGGGGCCCGAUCAUGGAACACCAGUUUCCUGUUGCUAUAACCGGAGAUGAGCACAUGCUGGCCGAGUUGAUGUUGCCGGAUCAGGCCCACGCCCGCAAUCAGGACUGGACCAUCUUCUUCCUGCACAAGGACAGCACACAAGAAGAGGAUGAAGAGGAGGCUAAGAAGAAAAAAGCACGUAGAGCGCGGAGGAAGCGAAGGAGGGACCGGGCGGCUGGUCUAGUUAAGCACGAUGGCGACGAUACCGCCGAUGAGGAAGACGACGACGACGAUAACGACGACGAACAUGAUGACUUGGACGACGAAUCUAGUGACGACGAUGAGCCAGAAGGCGGAGAGGGCCCGCCUUUGGUGUACGUACUGAAUCUGGUUAAUACGAAGCACGACAAGACGGCCAAGAGAGGAGCGGUCGUGAAGGCCAUGGCAAUAUGCACGAGACAUUCUUUCCUGCACAUAUACAAGCCGCUUCUAUUAUUAGCGCUGGAAGAAUACUUCAAGUCGCCUGUGCCAGAGACUUUAUCGAUGCUAUACGAUGCCGUCAACAGUAUGGAUUUGUCACUUAUGCCAAAGCUGAGUCUUCUGGAAAGAAGCCUCUUGCUGGCAAGUGACAACAAAGAUCUUUUCGUGGAGAAGUUCGCCCAGAUGAUUGAGAUCCGCAUGGCAGAGGAUCGAAGAGGGUCGGUCACAGAACCGUUGGAUGCAAACAGGAGCCCGCCAAAGCUGCAGGAAAUCUCUCGUGCGGGCACAAAGGCUUAUUUGGCUGGUUCAUCUGGUCAUGCUCUGCCUCGAGAUACCCAUGAGUUCGAAAGCAAGGUCCUCUACAAGGGUAUUCCCAUCCCCGUCAAGGUACCCACUGCUGUCAUGCCAGAGACCGUGGGAGACUUUUCCAUCAUCAAGCUUAUCCAGACCUUUUCGGAACCGCAUGCAAAAUCACCUCAACCUUUCUCGGUGCAUCCCCACCUUACAACGAACGGACCGAAUACUCAUCCUAUCAUAGUGCUGGCCAACGCGCUGCUCACACAAAAAAGGAUCAUCUUUCUGGGCCAUAACAUGCCCUCAGGGGAUGUUGCCGAAGCAGUACUUGCUGCAUGCGCCUUGGCGUCCGGGGGCAUUCUGAGGGGAUUUACCAGGCACGCCUUCCCUUACACAGAUCUGACCAAGAUCGACGACUUGUUGAAAGUUCCUGGCUUCAUUGCUGGGGUCACGAAUCCCACUUUCGAGCUUCACCCGGAAUGGUGGGACGUAUUAUGCGAUAUUCCCAGUGGGCGCAUGAAGAUUAGCAGCAGGACUGAAACCGCACCCAUCACAGAGGGUCUAGUUUACUUCCAACAACAGCACCCUAGCUUUGCCAAUUUGGUCAGUGGCUCAUCGAUAUCCAGCGACCUGACCGGAGACGUGGUUUUUAUGAACGAUAUUUUGAAAGGCAUCGCCGCGAGGCUUGGCGAACGGGUCAUUCGUGCGAAGUUGCGCGACUGGAUAGUCAAGUUUUGCAGGAUAGCCGCCGCUUUUGAAGAAAGUGUGUACGGAGCUAGUGCGUUGUAUAUUGGUGGCGACGACGCCGAGAACAGCAACAUCGGGCUGAGUGGGCACGGAUAUGUGUGGGCAGACGAUACCGCCAAGCAGAAGGAACUAGCAGGCAAUGUGUGCAGGAUCGAGGGUUGGAGAAACACUCGAAGCUAUUACAGCUUCAUCCAGGACCUCGCGCAGCUGUACACGAUCAAGCCUCUCAAGGGGUUGGACCUGCAUCAUUUGCACGAUCGUCUGCGCACACAAAAGCUCAACCCGUCUCAAAGUCGGGAGAUCUACAUGGCCUUCUCCAAACACGUUUACUCAUACGACGAAACGUGUUUGCUGCUUACUGUCGCUCCCGAGUCUCAUGCUGGGUUAUUUUAUCUGGCCUUGGGUCUCUUCCAUAGAGACAAGGACGUGCGUAUCAAGACUACGGAGCUUUUAGAGAGGAUUAGCGAGCACCAAGCCGGGCAGCACUGGUGGAAAGGGCUCAGCCGAUUUGAGAAACUGGCUUUCCAUCGUAUCAAGAGAGAGGCUGAGGCUGAAAUGCGCAUCAAGCUAGAGAAGGAGGGAUUCAACGCCGAAGUUGAUAAGAGAAUCAGCUGAUUGUGCUGCGGGACUCUUAUUAUCAACGGUUGGCUCGAAGUUUUUCGGAAAUUGGAAGGAGAUGAUAAACGUGCAGAAGACCAUUAUGCUCGCGAGAGGUUGAUUUUGUUCUUCUACUUUUUUUGCUGUAUUGCUUCUAGAUAUCCCGACGUAAAGUGCUCUGUAGAUGGGUGGAAUUUCCGCUUAGCUUGUCAGCCGAUCUAUUUAUAUACCGGUUUACUUUUUCAGAACCUAAAUGUUCAGGAUCAUACCGUCCGAUAUUCAAUUCCUGUAAGUCGUACCAGAAAAUCACUACGAAGCACAUCUACAGGUACUAGUGAGUCCCCAUACCAUCGGGAGGUCUGUAUAUGUGACGCAAACAGUGAUGUGGAGACUCAUAUGUAUGUU